CACACACACACAGUAGUGCCCGGAGGGAAGAAGUGUUGUGCAGUAGUGUGUGCACGGACCGGUAUUUCAGGUGCAGGUGCAGGUGCAGGGCUUUACUCUGAGACACUUCUUCUGUCCCCGUUACUCCGAGACUCUGUUAGAGCGCGAGCGAAGACACAUGGCAGCGGCGACGGCGACAGCGAUGGCCAACCUGCCAAGUGGGCUAGGAAUCUGCACCACUGCCCCUGAGAUCUUCUACCUGCCUGAACUGAUAUUUGGUGGCUUGGUUUGGAUCCUGGUGGCCUCAACACAUGUAGAACCAGAGAAUCCUCAGGGCUGGGUGAUGUUCGUCUCUGUCUUCUGUUUUGUUAUGACCUUCCUGUGGCUCAUCAUUUUUGUUUCUGGAGCUCACAAGAACAAAGGAGGCUUUGCUACUGCGGACGUAGUGUAUCACUUGCUGGCAGCUUUGUUCUAUCUCAGCGCUUCAGUUCCUCUCGCCACUGUCACACUGGACAUGAAGAACAGCACCACCGUCUCUAUAGUGGACAGAUUCAGAUAUUACCAGAUCGAUAUUGCAGCAGUGGUUUUUUCCUACAUCGCCACAUUGUUUUACUUCGUUCACUGCAUCCUGUCUGCCUUCAGAUGGAAAUCUUUCUGAAUAAAUGAUAGAAUAUGAGAAGAUCCAUCACUGCAUCACUGCCCACAUCUGAUCAUUUCAGUAAAAUUAUUUAAAAAAGAUUCUAAUCACAGAUAUUUUAAUAUAAUAUAAUAAUAAUAAUAAUUUUUUUAUGUGAACUGAUCAUUUAUGUAACCAAAUAAAACUCUGAAAUGUUUUUAUAAGUCAAUAGACACACAGGUACAAACUAAUUCUGUUUCUGAAAUCAUUUUUGUAUAUUUUUGACAUUUUAAUAAAGGUUGUGUGUUUGUGUGUGCGUCUGUGUGUGUGUAGAUGAUGCGUUAUAAUUGAAAUGUAUUUAAACUAGUUUUAUGUGGAGCUGUAGUUUCGUGGGAUCUGAUAAAGUUCAUUCAGACUGUC